AGGCUGAGAAUCAGAUGAUACCAGCACUAGAAGAGUUACUGAAGGAAGCGGCAGUCCUCCACCUAUUCAUCAUGUGUGACUUGUGUAGCCCUCCACAAAACUACACAUACCAUGAUGGUUUUGUGAACCAGACAUUGGAAGCUGUGCUGAGUGCAAGGCUGCCCCAAGCCAUGGUGAUAUUGCCAAGAUCCCUCUGGAUCUUAAACCAUAGGUCCUUUGGCUACCCGAUGAAGAUCACACUAAUGUCCAACAACAGGCUCCCCAAAUGCAUCAGAUAUAUGGACAGCAGGGAGGCAACAGAACUGAGAGGCCCCAGUUUCUCAACCUACCCUAUCACUGUUGGAUAUCAAGUUAGUACUCAAAGAUAA